GCACCUUAUUUAGUUCCCGGCAAUGAAAAUCAGGCGUAAGCUGGUCUGCGUCUGCCGUAUAUAAGGACAGUGGCGACAGAAGCCAGAUCCACUCUGGUGUUCAUCCACAUACACCUCAUACUCCACCUUUGCGUGCACUUUCAGAAGACCCUAAGAAUGGCAUCCUCCAAACUGGUCCUUUUUCUGGUCCUGCUGUCCUGCAUCGAGGGCUGUCUGGCCACUUCCUGCGUGGUGGACAGCUUCACAGUCAAAGAGGACUUUGACCCCAAGAGGUAUUCCGGGAAGUGGUAUGCUCUGCAGAAGAAAGAUCCGGAAGGCUUGUUCCUGCAGGACAACAUCUCUGCAGAAUACACCAUUGAUGAUGACGGCAGCAUGACGGCUUCCUCUAAAGGACGCGUCACUCUUUUCGGCUUCUGGGUGGUAUGUGCCGACAUGGCCGCCCAGUAUUCCGUUCCCGACCCCGCCACCCCCGGCAAGAUGUUCAUGAACUACCAGGGACUGGCCAGCUACCUGUCCAGUGGAGGCGACAACUACUGGGUGAUUGACACCGACUACGACAACUACGCUAUCACCUAUGCCUGCCGUACAGUGAAAGAGGACGGCAGCUGCGACGAUGGCUACGCACUGGUCUUCUCCAGGAACCCCCGCGGUUUGCCCCCGGCUAUCCAGCGUAUCGUGCGUCAGAAGCAGGAGGACGUCUGCAUGGCCGGACAGUUCCAGCCCGUGCUGCAGUCCGGAGCUUGCUGAGAUGGUGAACACGAGUGCCACCGAGCUGCGGUUUUUGUGGCUUCAACACAGGAAAUGUUUGCACGGACUGAUGAGAUGCUGAUAUCCUCUACCUGGAGUCCAAGAGUUCUGUUGGUCUUUGAGUGAAUCAAGUAAAAAUAUUUUUUUCUAACAA